UCGCAACGGAUCCCACCGACCAGCCGACACCGUGAAGCUUGUUGUGCCCAAUCAGCUAAGCUCCUGGACCUGGCAUGGUGCAGCUUGCCACCUACUGACCUAGUAGAUCUACUGAGGGCGAAGUACGGCCUAGCCGCUUGCCACCACCGUCCUUGGCAACUGUUGCGCCAGUGAGCUAUUGCUGGGUGGAACUGGAAGGUGACCAAAGCACUUAUUACUUCGCGGGCGAGUGAAUGAAAUCAGGUGUUUCGAAAAGGCCACGGGUCGUACUGGAACUGGCGACGGACUACAGUAUACUAGUAGUAGUGGGCAAUAGCCACAGCACGAUACAGCUCCAGCCCAUGGCCCAGGCUGGUUAGACCUACUGAGUGACUGGAACUGGAUAGGUAACACCUGCAGAGUGUCGAGUCGUGUAGCUCCUGCGGCCAGCCACCGCCGCCGAAACCAGUGUGUGCGUUUAUGGUGCUAGUCGUCGAGUAGUGCAGUGCACUAGUGGGUGGUUGGCGCACGAAGAGAAAACCGAAAUAAUUAAUUACUCAACUCGGUGCAGUGAAGUGGGCGAAGGACGGAGGUGUGAGCAACUGGCAGGGUGCACGAACCCUGUUUGCUAACGCAGUCCUGGAUAAUAGAACGCUAGCAGGGCCCAUGCACACCCAGUGCCAGACAUCAUCAUCAGACUGACUUGACUAGUCUGGAUCAAUGACGGCACGGUAACAUAGAAAGUGGCAAGCUCCCCUCCGCUCCUGCGAAUAUCCAAGCCAAGUGUCCAGUGCAGUCAGUACCGGCAACUGACAUUCAGGUAUAGCCACACACAGCACACGGCGGCACAGCACGGGACAAUGAGCACCAGCAGCAUCGACAGCAGUGUGGUGAACACGGACGACAUUGACAACAUCAGCACCAUCCUGGUGCGGAUCACAAUCAAUGAUGACAAUGUGCAGCUCUCCAAAUGCCUGGUAUUUGACCAAGAAGACUCGGUAUGGGCCGCCAAGAUGAUCAUCCUCAACAAGCUUGUGAAGGACUUGCACAACGGACUCAACUACGGUCUGUACUUGCCUGUCGAUGGUGCCAGGGCUGGCAAGUUUCUGGAGGAGGAUCGUCCACUGGCCGAAUAUCACCUCCCUGAACCGGCACAGCUGCAGUUCAAGUUCAAGUCAAGAGACUACAAGGGUCGCAAGUUUGAAGAGAAGCAGCUGCAAAAGAUCAACGCCAAGGCAAAGCAGAUGAAGUUCUUUGAGCUGAUACAGAAAUGCUCGGUAGAGAAAGUGGGUGGAUUCCUGGACAAAGGCCUCGACCCUAACAUCGCACUGGAAGAGUUUGGUGGUGAGUCCGCUCUGGGAGUGGCCAGCCUGAGCGUGCAUUGCAAGGAACUCAUGUUGGUCCUCGUCAACGGCGGUGCACACGUCGACUUCCGCAACCUCUCUGGCAGCACGGCGCUUCACACCGCAGCCAGUGCUGAUAACUACAAUGCUGUUCAGAUCCUGCUGGACCUCGGUGCAUCUCCAAACUACCGAGACAGAAAGGGUCUGACACCGCUAUAUAACACUACGUUACCGUGCGGCGGUGGCGCGGAUAUGGCACUGUUGCUACUCCGCGAGCACUCUCAGUUGAUGAUCAGCGAUGCUAACGGUUGGCAGGAAAUACACCAGGCGUGCCGCAAUGGUCUGCAGCGACACCUCGAGCACCUGGUUUUCUACGGCGCCGACAUUGACGCUCAGAACAGCAACGGCAGCACGGCAUUGCACGUGUGCGCACUGCACGGACAGCUGGAUUGCUGCAGGGUAUUGCUAUUCCGCGCUGCAAAGAAGUCAAUUUCCAACAAAGCCAACCACACUGCCCAGCAGGAGGCACUGCUAGCUGGGAACCUUGACGUAGCAGAGUUGAUUCAAAACUUCGAGCAAACUACAUCAGUUCGCAGUAAAGACAAGCCGUCGUACAACACGCCGCGCCGAAAGUCCAUCACCGUUCUCACGCCGACGGGAGCUGGCUCGCCGCGGCUUGGCCCCCGCUCGGCCACGUCACAUAGUGUCCUCAGCAAGGCAGCCAGGGCGCUGGUAGCUAGCAGUGCUGCUUCUCACAGCAGUACCCAUAGUAACAACAACUCGCCGACUCUUUCAGAACAUGAUGACUUCAUGUUCAACGGUCGAACCAGUGAUGAUGCGAACUCAUCCGGCUCAAAUUCACCGCCCAUGUCAAAUCGUGAUGAAAUUGCCAGGCUAACACAGGGGAAACCAGCACGUCCACCAGGCCCCGUGUUCAUGGCUGCUGGAGACGGGCCGUCCGCCUUCCCUAGUCCCCUGAAUGUUGACAUUGCCACCGGCGAAGCAAAGACGAUGAAGGUCAGCAUUCCCGGCUCGUCGUCGGCGAAGAAACUGGAAGAAAACAACGUUGUCGACCUAGGGACUUCUAAGCCCACAACCGGCGGCGGAGCUGAAUCGCCAGCUGCCAAGCGAUCUACUAGCGCCUCGUCCCAGAGCUCAGGAAGAGCCAAGACACCACCACCGCCAUCGUCACAAGACACCGGUAAGAGCGGGACCACUGCGCCAAGGGUCAUUACUCCAGGCGGCGACAUUCUUCGACCCAGGAAAUUCCAACGUGCGCACAAAGCCGACACCAGUGAGUAUGUGAUUGCAACAGACGACUUCACGGCAAAGUCAGCAGAUGAGCUGACCUUCAAGAAAGGAGAGUUUGUAGAAGUGAACUAUUUUGGCAAAGAUGGCUGGUGGGAAGGAUGCAUUGGCUCCCGCAAGGGAUGGUUUCCGAAUCAGCUGAUAUCAAUGACGAACCAGACACCUCAGAGAUUGCCGGACCUGAACGGAUCUGACAACACAGCCACUAAGGGAUCCGCUGAUACGCAUACGGACUUCAAGCUGGUGAAUGUCAUCCUGAUAAAGAGUCCGAGUGGGCUUGGAUUUUCCUUGAAGGGAGCUCGAUCACAUGAUGUGAGCACACAAUUCAAGCCACUGCCAGACAUGCCGGCACUGCAGUAUGUCGGAAGCGUCGAUACCAAUAGUGUAGCGGAGAAGGCAGGGCUGAAGAAAGGAGACUUCCUGCUGUCGAUCAAUGAAAAAGAUGUGACGGGAGCAUCGCAUUCGUACGCAGUCACCCUCGUCAAGCAAGCAGGCAAAGUCAUCACGCUCGCUGUCGCACGGCCUCGUUCCGUGUCUGGGUCCUCGUCCCGCCGUGGCUCUCUUCCACGUGACGGCAGCCCCAAAUCAAGUCGCUCAAACAGCUUGUCACGACGCCCAGUAGAUACAAUCGCCGCACCACCAUCGCCAUCAACUCAGCGCAAGGCAAGAGUUAUGUUUGAAGAUGAAAUGGGAGAUGAGAAAGCAUUGUCACCGACUGCAGAGGAAGCACCAGUUGCACCCACUGCUCCAAAGACUCCCUCAGCAACAUCACCACCACAGCAGCAGCAGCAGCAGCAGCACACAGCACUCACAGACGGCUCUGCACCGUCACCGCCGCCGUCACCCAAGUCAUCCCGUGCCCAUCGUCCCGCACCACUUGGUCAGAUCAGCGCGCUGUCGGGUGCGCUAGAAAAGCUACCACAGUCUCCCCUGGCCAAGUCAUCUGCUUCUGCCACGAGUAGUCCAAAGCCGAUUCUGAGGCACGGCAGCAAAUCACCCCCAGCAGUUGACCCGCAGCAACCGAAGUCUCCAACCAAAGGAUCGCACAAUCCGCCAACAGCAGUACCGAUUGCGAAAACCGACGAGACUAAAGUUAAGGUGCCUAAGAACAAGCAACACGAGCAACCAGCUAGUUCCUCCAAGAAAACCUCUCCUCCAGCUGGCAAAGCACCGCAAAUGUCUGUGGACUUCUUACAGCAGUUGACGAGCGCUCCGUCCGCCAUGGCCGCAUCGGCAAAAUCCACUGAACAGACCUCUGCUGGCGGCAAUGCAGCUACAAGCAAGAAUACAAAGGCCAGCAGACGCUCCAAAGCUAAGCACAGUCCGCCACCACUAAGCCCACCAGCGGAGGGUGUUGCGCCUCCUCCACCUCCGCCGCUACCUCUGGUGACAGAAUCAUCAGCACCAGCUGCAGCAAGCGGAGCGACAAAACAGGACACUACUACGACGAAGAAGCCCAAAGCUGGACCGGUGGGUCUCAAUGCAGAUUUCCUGCAGCAGCUUAGCCAGGCGCCGUCGGCUCAAAAGGCAGCAGUAGCGUCAACAGUGGACUUUUCCAAGACAUCGAAAACUAAGAACGGCGAGGACACUGCUCAGACUACUCACACCAGCACACCUCCAAGACAACGAAAAGACAAACCACCUGUCAUCACCCUACCUCCUGCACCACCCAAGCUACCAUCUCAACUACAUAAGAACCUGCCCAAGGCGGAAAAUCCCAGCCCAUCGCCGUUCGGUGACGCUCAACGGGCACCCGUGCUCAAUCGGCUGAACGUGGAGUUGGAAGACGAUGACGGCUCUGGCUAUGCGCGUAUCAAAGACAAGGAACCAGAGGAUGGUUCCGAGCCAGCCACCGCUGACAAGCCACUGGGUAAGGAACGUGACUGCAUGCCAAACAGCACGGAUGGCAAUUUUGCAGGGGAGCCUAAACACAGUACUGACAAGGCGACAGACACCACAGGUGUUGCCCAAAGUCGGAGCGUAGAACAAGAUUCCAUGCCGCCAGCUAAGCAGGGACAGGAGCAUGACCUGUACGCCAGCAUCAGUGACACAGUCAACGAGGUAACGUCACAGCCGGCCGCCACGUCACAACCGGCCGUCACGUCACCAGUGCACGGACACACGUCCAUUGACUGCUCCAAGGUGCCGCCAGCAGCAGCAAUGCCCGCACGGCAGGUGACCGAAGACAGUGUAGUGGAGCAAGAAGAAGAUGAACAACAAGGGGCACAGGCAGACCAUGUCUACGCAUCUGUCAACAAACCAAAGCAACCUGACCAGACCGUACCGGACAGUCUUGAUCUGACGGCGCAAUCCUCAUCAUCAAAGAAGCUGAAACAGGACGACACAUCUCCAACAACACCACUGGCUCCUCCGCCUAAACUGGAUCUGGAGAAAGCAACAGUUGAAAAGCCCACACAGCUGAGCCUGUCCGCAGAGCAUGAGCUCAGCUCUCCACCAUCCCCGCCACCGCCAGCUUUGCCACCGUUGUCGGAAGAAGAGAAGCAAGCUAACGCCUCUCGGAUAGCCGCUGCACGCAAGAAGCACCAGGAGAAGCGCGCCAGCUACAACCUGACGUCACCAGUGGCCACCAACGUGGCGUCGCUGGUCAACGCCGCUGCAGCACGCAAGGCCGAUCAGGACAAACACUUUUCGUUCAACCAGCCACGGCGUUGCGAAUCACCCACGCUUCUUGCACAUGCACCUGGCUCACCAGCAGCAUCACCGCCAACCGUGGCAAGGAACAGAAGCCAGUCGGAGAGUGUGGUCGGCAAGAAGACUUUGGAGAAAUCACCCCCAGCACCGCCAGCUGGAUUUGGUAUCAUUGACAGUCCUCUAGCUCUCCUCGUCGCCAAAGCCAAGGCUAGGGAAGAACGUUUAGAAAGUGGAGAAAUCAAGCCGAUCGACGUCCAGAGAGCAAAAGAUACUGAGAAGCCAGGCACGCCAGAGAAUGAGAAUGGCGAGGACGCACCGGAUUUCUGGAAGAAGAAGGGCAAACCUCCUCCUCCAAAGAAACCCAAACCAACGUCGAAUGAUGGACAUGUCAACACGAGACAACAGAAGCCGAAGGAAAGGCCGGGUCAGCCAACUCUGCUACAGACCAUUCUGUCAGCGAGAAACGCGCCGUCUUCCUCUCAGACCGGUCCUGCAUCGUCCGGCGAUGUGGACACAACUUCGAACGACACCGACGGAUUGACGGUGCGGCCUCCCACGCACUUGGAGCGGUCUUCAUCUACGCACUCACUCGAGAACAAGAAGGCAUGGGAUGAACUGGAGGACACCAGCACUGGGGACCGGGGAAAUCGGGAAGAGUCACGUGUCCCCAGCAUGUUUGCCGAUGACGACGAUGAUGGCGAGGUUUCUUCGGAGUGGACGAAUGGAAAGGGAACGGACACAAAGCCGGAGCCAACUGCAAAAGACCAUGCCGAGAAGAACCCUGAUUUGAACUCGGUCAUUUCGAAAUUCGUUCCUCCGCCGCUUGCAGACAUGAGAGCGGACAGCAUUAACACCUCACUGGACACGGGCGACGCUCCACCGCCCAUGGAGUUCUCAACGCCACCUCCAACUCGCUCCGGACGCACGCUAGACGUCAAACCACCAACAGCAGCAGCAUUGUCACAGUCGCCCCUUGUACAGCCUAAGGUCUUGUCGGCUGUAGCAAGGUCCGGACAUCCACUGGCACCGCAGACUCCACCAAAGCCAUCGCCAAAGGUGAAAAAGAAGGCUGGCGAAUCUCCACCACCAAAGCUGGCGAAAAAUUCACCAAGACCAUCGCCCAAAUUUCACACCCCGCCACCCCCAGUGUUCUCGCCGCCUGUUUCGCCAGCAACUCCACCAUCUUCUCUAGAUGCGAACAGCAAAUCGCUCGCCACAUCCACUCCAGGCAAAGUGGAGGGAAAUGAUCAGGCUGCUGCCGGAGCAGACAGCAGCCAGAGGAAGAAAUCACCAGCGGGUGGAUCCCCGCUGUCGGUGACGUCCAUUCAGCCGGCUGCCGGUACGGAAGAUCGGAUUAAGCCGCCGCUGUCUUUCGGCGACAGCGUGGCUGAUUCACUGGACGUGGACGAUGACGAUGAGGAGGGGAGUGGAGUGGCACCGCCGCCACUGCCAACCACACUGCCACCGGAUGACAGCAAUGCAGGUGACGUCGCCGAUGACAGCAGCGUGCAAGAGAGCUCCCUGCCCGUUGUGCCAGCAUCAUUCCUCGACAGUCCAUCAACACCACGCUCAGACCUGACGACAAUUGGUGAACAACUAACAGAUUCUCAAGGCACACCGCUGAACAGCUCCGAUCGUGCCCAGGAUGAUCAAACAUCGAAACGUGAUGACCGCACAGGAACGCAGCACACUCGUCAGCUGAAGGAGGAUGAGGAUAUCGGUGGCAAGGAGUCACUGCAGAGCGAAGUCGGAAGCUUGGCAGCGCUGGACGCGGUUGUCAGUGAGUUUGAUUUGUCGACCGCCGGAACAGACAAUGGACAUGAUGAAGAAGUGGUUGGGGAAGAUGGCAGUAAGCAACCCGUCAGAGAUGAAUUUCGCACUAAAACAUUCUCAGAGUGGACCUGCCACGACGUGGCGGCAUGGCUUCUAGACAUUGGUCUCGGCCAGUACGGAGAGAACUUCGUUGAGAACGAAAUCUGCGGCGAGCACUUGUCCGAGAUGACCAAGGACGACCUGCGGGAGCUUGGCAUUGUGCGCCUGGGACAUCGUCUCACCAUUACGAACGCCGUCAGCAAACUACAGGCGUAGCACACCGCAGGUGAUGUAGCUACUAGCCAGGGUCAUUUACACUUCAAAACCAGUGUGCGGAGCCCGUAUCUUCUACUUCGUAGCAGAACUGAGCCUUGAGUAAAAAAACUUGCUCCUAUAUCGGCCGGAAACCUUGGCCCUUUACCAUGAGUGACACACUACUAAUGCAUGACUGUGUUUUAACCCCACCCUGGCUUGCGCGUUGCUACUGUAUUCACUCCAGCCUUCAAGUGCACACGUGCAAAGAGGCUAGUGAUGAACUUCCUGAAGUACUAUGCAGUGUAGUUAAGCAGUUUAAAAACACUCCUAGAACCUGCAUACAUGCACAGACAAGCACACGCGCACACACACGCACACACACACACACACAAGCACACACGCACACGCACACACACACGCACACACACGGACACACACACACACACAUUUUACUGACAGUGGCUACACUACGUGCACAGCCUAAACUCAUAGUACUCAUGAAAACAAAUGCUGAUCAUGUGAGAUUUGCUAGCAUAUCGGGCAGCCUGUUUGUUUGAACAUUGCAUAUUACGGUUGAAUUAGAUGGUGGUAAAGAGUAAAGACACACCUGGCAAUAUGGCGGUAAAUAUACGCCUGCCCGGGCCCACACAUUACAUAUUACAUUAAUUUUACUUCAGAAUUCUCAACUAAGUUACUUUUGUACCGGCAGCAGAUUUCGUUUACAUGUCAUAUUGAGAGUAUUUUACCGGCCUGGUCCGCAGUCUAUCCCCAGUCUUAUACAGUGUAUAUAUACCAUAUCAACAAGAUGCCUGCAUAUCAUUGAACUGCACAAUCCAUGCCAAUAUCUUUAGAACAAUAGAUUGUGAAGCAGACCGUUUUCAGGCAAUAUAGCUAUGGACCAGUUUCUAGGCUGCAGCCUCAACAUUUUACUGAUAUCAUGAUGAUCGUUCAAGAUAAUAAAUUAAUAGUGAUUAUUACGAUUUUCCGCUCAACUUAUAAAAGGAGCUGGAUAGCACCAUUGUGACUUUUUGUGAUUUUUGUGAAUGAUAAAUUCAUCGUGUAAACACACAGCAUAGCCACUUGCACGAGCAGUGCAGCCAAUUGACAUACAUUAUAUCACCCGUUUAUUUUUUUUAAAGCAGUCAAGUGCUUUUUUUUUAAUUAAAAAAAUGAUGUCAAGGCACAA